AUGAUUGACCCAUGUGGAUUUUGCAGACAGUCAGGCCAUCCAGUGAAACUUGUCAAGCAAAAAAGAACAUUUCAGCCGCAAUCCUCGUGUCCCCAGGCAAUAUUGUUCAGUCUCGGGGCAGCCACAAACAGCUCAAAGGCAUCCCCAUCCACAAAUGCACCAAUUCGGUGUCAACUAUGCCCAGUGUCAUCAGGUGAUCAUGCUGUCUUCUGGAAAUACAAUGUUCACUAA